AUGCGUAGAUCCACUGAGACGGUAAGCCGCAAUUUUCACUUACUCCUGAACGCCAUGUUAAGGUUGCAUACCCUGCCGUUUAAAAAUCCAGAGGCCAUUCCCGAGAACUCAACCGAUGAGCGAUGGAAAUGGUUCAAGAACUGUUUGGGAGCCUCAGAUAAUACAUACAUAAAGGCUCACAUGCCGGCUGCCGAUAUACCUAGGUAUCGGUCAAGGAAAAGUGAAAUCGCAACUAAUGUCCUUGGUGUAUGCACACCUGACAUGCAGUUGAUAUAUGUCCUUGCUGGCGGGCUUCAGGAAGAGGUGAACGAUGAAGGGGAAAAGGAUGACGAAGGUGAAUUGAUCAGGCACGUUGAGCCUAGUGCCGCGUGGACUACAUUUAGAGACAAUUUGGCUGCUGAAAUAUUCAAUACUUGGAUGGUUGCGCGGAAUGAAUGA